GCCGUCCACACCAGAGCUCACUCUCCACCAGCGAUUUGGUAGCUACCUGCUGCAUCUACUGAUACAGCCUUGCAUUGACUCUCUGGAAGUGAACAUCUCGUGUUGCUCGGGCACGGUUUCAAUCCUCUGCAACGCAGCUCUAAUCUACGGCAAAUUGUUGACCCGAGCCCAGCUGCAGGGACACCAGCUUCUGGGAUAACGCAGUCUGCCUCUGUCCUAUACUCCCCAACGAUAUAGAUACGAACUGCAGCAGGUUGCGAAAACAACGGCCAACACCAGCUCUGUCCCCGGAACAGGAUCUCUAAUUCUCUACUUCCACUUUCUACCAGUUGUCUACCUGUUACAACCGCCAUCAUGUCGUCCCACGCGCUCUCGGACGACCAGGUCGCCGCCGAGCUCAAAAAGAUGACGGCAUUCAUCCGCCAGGAGGCCCUCGAAAAGGCCCGUGAGAUUCAACUGAAAGCGGACGAAGAAUUCGCAAUUGAGAAAUCGAAGCUGGUCCGCGAGGAGAUCGCCGCAAUCGACAGUCAAUACGAGAAGAAGUUCAAACAGGCAUCCAUGUCCCAGCAAAUCACCCGCUCCACAAUGGCCAACAAGACAAGGAUAAAGGUCCUCUCUGCCCGUCAAGAGCUGCUGGACAAGUUGUUCGAGGAAGCGAGAAAGAAGUUGGCGGACGCAGGAGCCAAAAGCAAGAAUUACGAGCAAGUGCUGAAGGGGUUGAUUCUUGAGGGCCUGUAUAUGCUCUGCGAGAAGAAGGUGACCUUAAGAUGCCGGAAGGCAGAUAAAGACAAGGUGCAGAGUGCCGCAAAGAAGGCUGAGGCCGAGUACAAGGAGAAGAUGGGCAGUGAGGUCCAGACUGUCGUUGAUGAGAAGGAAUGGCUACCAGAUGAGUCAGCUGGCGGCGUCUUCAUCAUUGGUGGUGGCGGCAAGAUCGAAUUGAACAACACCCUCGAAGAGAGACUGCACAUGCUCGAGACCGAGGCCCUUCCCAGCAUCAGAGCGACUCUGUUCGGCGAGAACGAGAACAGGAAGUUCCAUGACUAAAGCGUAGAACGUGGGUGCAAAUGGAAAAGAUUUUGUUCUAAUGGAAAGCUCUCCGUCGUCACAGGGUGCCUGAGGCGCAGUAUCAGUGCGUUCGUUCAACAUGCGCUUCCGCUGCAGAAGGCAGGCAAUUGUGAUAGAUUGCAUAUGGAGGGCGAGAGCAGCGCCACACGCAGUAGACAGGGGUAUUACUAUGGUCGGAAUGGGGGGAAAUACAGUGCGAGCGUAUUGAAGAUUUUCUGUAUAAAGUCGUCUUAUUUCCAUGAGUCGUCGUGCGAACUGCACAUCGUUCAGACUCCGGCUUGGGGGCGGCAUCAAUCGUCAAACCCGUUUCCUUCCCGUCGAUACGCCCCGG